AUGUGGUCCGUAUUAAAGCAGCCCCUGGUGGUGCUGUCAUCGAUGGCCGCGCUGAUGACACCGGUCGCGGCUGAAAGGAUGCUCACCUCCGACUCGCUGAACAGUUGUCAGGCCGACUCCGGCUUUACUGCAGUUAACGUUGUCGUCACUUCCUCUAUUCAGGGCAAGGUUGUCUUCGACGUCAGAGCUUCCGCUUAUGGUUAUCAAUUCUUGCGAAGCGAGGUCGACCCUUGUGACAUGGGACUCGCUGGUCUCUGCCCCAUGGUUGCUGGAAAGAUCCCCUUCAAGUUCAACCUCCCCAUUGGCGACGAUGCCCUGAAAAACAUUCCCGGAAUUGCCUACAGCGUUCCAGAUUUGGAUGCUAGCAUCCGCGUCUACGUCAACUUGACCAGCACUGGCGAGAGUGUUGCUUGUGUCGAGGCCAACAUUUCCAACGGAAAGACUGUCGAUCUCAUUGGCGUUAAAUGGGCCACCGCCUGUAUCGCCGGCCUCGGUCUCAUCGCUUCCGCUGUCGUUUCCGGACUCGGCCACUCCAAUACUGCCGCUCACGUUGCCUCCAACUCGCUCGCUCUCUUCGGCUACUUUCAGGCUCAGGCUAUUAUCGGUCUUACUAGCGUAGGCCUCCCUCCCAUCGUCUCGGCGUGGACCCAGAACUUCCAGUGGUCCAUGGGUAUUAUACGCGUCGGUUUUAUGCAGAGCAUCUUUACCUGGUACCAGCGAGCAACGGGCGGCACACCCUCCACGCUUUUUGACUCCCUCACUACCGUCUCAGUUCAGGUUGAAAAGAGAGGCCUCCAGCUUGCUAAUGCGAGUCUCGACUUGUUUAAGCGUGGCGCGGCGAUGAUGCCUCGGGCAGUUCACGAGGUUCUUCGACGUAGUAACAUCCAGACCGAAACUGGCAGUUACAUCGUUUACGGCAUUCAGCGCGUUGCCUUCAAGGCCGAGAUUGAAACGACAAAUCUGUUCAUGACGGGCCUGACGUUCUUCUGUACCGUUGUCGUCAUCACGAUCAUCGUCAUUUCCGCAUUCAAGGGCAUUUGCGAGCUUCUCGUCAAGCAGAAGAUGAUGACAAGUGACAAGUUCCUCGAGUUUCGCAACGGAUGGCUCACCGUCCUGAAGGGUAUCUUGUUCCGCCUGACCCUGAUCGGUUUCCCUCAAAUGGCUAUUCUCUGUUUGUGGGAGUUCACCCAGGUUGACUCGGCGGCCGAAGUUGUGCUCGCUGUCUUCUUCUUCUUUGGCAUGCUCGCUACUCUCGGAUGGGGAGCUUUCAAAGUCAUCCGCAUCGCUCGCCGCUCGGUCGCCAUGCACCGUAACCCUGCCUACAUCCUCUUCUCUGACCCCCAGGCGCUCAACAAGUGGGGAUUCCUUUACGUCCAGUUCCGGGCCUCGGCCUACUACUUCAUUGUGCCCGUCCUCUGCUACACCCUUGUCAAGGCGUGCUUCGUGGCUUUCUCCCAAGCCGCCUCGGUUGCCCAGGCCAUUGGCUUCAUUAUUAUUGAAGCGGGUGCUCUGAUCGGCGCCUCAGUUCUCCGACCCUGGAUGGACAAGAGCACUAACUCUUUCAACAUUGCUAUUUGCGCUGUCAACUUCAUCAACGCCAUUUUCCUUCUUGUCUUCUCCAACGUCUUCGGCGCACCUAAGCUCGUCGUGGGUGUUGUGGGUGUCGUUCUCUUUAUUCUGAAUGCCGCCUUCUCGCUCAUCCUCCUCAUCAUGGUCAUCGUGUCAACGUCUUUUGUCUUCUUCCGAAAGAAUCCUGACGCGCGGUACCAGUUCAUGGCUGAUGACCGUGCGUCGUUUAUGAAGUCCCAAACUCAGCUCAACACUACCACUGAGCUGGAUGCCUUGGCUGCCACGGCCCGAGGUGACAAGGGUGGCUACAAGACUCACCUAGAUCUCGAUGACGAUGAUUCCCUGUCUUCCGACAGCAUGCGGAGGCGGGCUGAGAUGAACAACCACUCGCAGACUUCGUUCCGCGACAACCCACCGCGAUCUCCCAUCAACCCAUCGAUGCCCCUCUUCCCGGCCGAUGGGCAACGACCAGCGAGUCCCUUCCGCACCGCUUCCCCGAGCCCCUACCAAAAUUCGGGAUCGCCACUCGGCCAGCAGCAGCAGCAGCAACGACAGCAGCACAACGAGAGUCCUGCUACAUUCCGCACACAGAACAAUGCUAGUCCCUGGCAACGCGGUGCGGGUUAUGACCACUAA